AUGGGGAAGCAAAAGAAAGCAAGAAAGUCUGCGACCAUGAAGCGAAUGCUUAGUUUCCAAGAUCAGAGGCUUAAAGAAAAGGAUAGAUUGAAACCUAAAAAGAAAGAAAAGAAAGAUCCCAGUGCACUCAAGGAAAGAGAAGUCCCCCAACGUCCUUCCUGCUUGUUCUUCCAAUAUAACACACAGCUGGGCCCACCUUACCACAUCCUGGUUGAUACCAACUUUAUUAACUUUUCCAUUAAAGCCAAACUGGAUUUAGUACAGUCAAUGAUGGACUGUCUGUAUGCCAAGUGUAUCCCUUGUAUAACUGACUGUGUAAUGGCUGAAAUUGAGAAACUGGGGCAAAAGUAUCGAGUGGCUCUAAGGAUUGCCAAGGAUCCAAGAUUUGAACGAUUACCAUGCACACACAAAGGAACCUAUGCAGAUGACUGCUUAGUACAGAGAAGAGUGACUCAGCACAAGUGUUACAUUGUGGCCACAGUUGACCGGGACCUUAAACGAAGGAUCCGGAAGAUCCCUGGAGUUCCUAUCAUGUACAUUUCUAACCAUAGGUACAACAUAGAGCAGAUGCCAGAUGACUAUGGAGCCCCUCGGUUCUAACACUCUAAAGAUAGAGGUCCUGUGCCUGCCUUUGCCAACUUUAUCUGUUGCCAGUUCAUAGAGUAAUACACCGUAGCAUGAAUUAUUCUCCUUACCCAUUUGCUCUGUUAUGAGCUGAGUAUGGUUAAAUACACUCAUUUUCUAUAUUGUUUUGAAAUUGA